UGUCGGAACAAAAAAUUAUUCGACCACAUAACAUAUAUGUCCUGGCUUCGUCCCUGUUCAUACACAUCACAGUUAAACUAAUAUAAUUCAUACCACAGUACAAGUACUCAUAACAAAAUAUCCCGAAAAAAGGUUCAAUAUUCACUUCGAAGCAUUAAGUGUCUGUGUGGAUGUGGGGAUAUGUACAAAUUAGGGUUUAUUUUUUCUCGUUUUGUUUGAAUCACUACUUGAUGUACUGUAAUUCAUAGAGUUUAUACAAAUUCAGGGUUUUGAUUUUUCUAUGAUCUGAUUGAUGAUGUUCUAUAAUUAAAAUGGUUUAUCACUUUUAUUUAAUUUUGUUUUGAUUUCUUAGAUUCUUGAUUCUCUUCAGUACGUAAUUGAUCAUGCAGCCCAUGGAAAUUGAAGAGCUUCAAGAAUUAGAGAGAUACCAUGAAACAGAAUUAAAAAAAAAACACGAAAUUUUGGCCGAAUUUUCAGCCGAAAUUGAGCUAUUCCGGCGAGUUUGCCAGUUGAAACUCGUCUCUCCGAGAACAUUAGUACCGGCUCCUCUAUGACCGAAAAAGAAAAAAUCGUCGGUCUCGGCCGAGAUCGACUACAUAGGUUUAACUGUGAUGUGUAUGAAUCUCCGAAACUUUCGAGUAGUAUCUUCUCCGCCUCUUUGUUCCUCCGAAAAUCAAGGGUGACCAUCCGGAUCGUUCUUUAAGGAUGGAUACAAUUCAAGAAAAAGAACUAAACGAAGAAAAGAAGCAGACGAAGAAGACGAAGAAGAAGAAUGCCUGGGAGAAGAGGAAGGAGAUGAAUGCCAGGGAGAAGAGGAAGGAGAUGAAUGCCAGGGAGAAGAAAGAAGAAGAAGAAGUUGAGUUUGCCUUUGUAUUGUGUCUACCCUUUGUGUUUAGGCGUCGCGUUGUUGGUCUUGUCUUGAAGGAAUUCACCCAAAUUGGUUUGAAGUUAUUAGACCUGAGAUUGGUGAGUGUCUCAACAAAAUUUAUAGACGCUCACUUUGAGAAGGAGGGUAGAUCUGUACUUAAAACUACAGAAUUUGCAUAUCUUGGUGUUGGUCCAUUCCUUGCUAUGAAAUUGGAAGGAAAUGAUGCUAUCAAGGAAGCUUGUCGAGCCAUAGCAAACUGGAAAUUCAGGUCAACUGUUUACAUUAGUGCUACAGUUGAAAAGGCACUAGAAGAUGCUGCAACCUGGUUCCGCGACGAUGCUUCUGACUCGUUACAGAAAGCAAUGAAGAGGAACAGAAUGAUAUUCAACCACCCUGAUCACGGCAUAUGUGGUGGCUUGCCAGUACAAAUUGCACAAAGCAUAGUGAAAUACACCCGAAUCGCUUUUAGCCUCUCAAGUAUAACUCAGCGGUUCGUCCUAAUCAAGCCAAAGGCUUUCGAGGAAGGAAUUGUACCAGAGUUGCUAAGUACUAUUGAGAGUAACUGCCUUUACAUGAAAGGGUUAAAGCUGGUAAAAAAGUCUGAAGUUCCCGACAGUGUUGCGUGGUCUGAUGAUAAUUCUUCUUCCUCGGGUGAAACUCAGGCUGAAGAAUUUGGUAUUGCUUUAAUCGCGUGUCUUCCAGGUUUAAUGUUUGAUACAGAAGGUUCCUUGAUCAUCGGGAAGGAUCAUGUUAGCAGAGAGUUUGUGUUUGUAAGUGCGGCAGCGGAAUCGUCGUUGAAGUUUGUUAAAGAGUUUUUCGAAUUUGGUGUUGUUGGCUGGCUGGAUCCAUCUAUACCACCUGGCUUUCACGGCGGUUACUUCGAUUCAACCUUAACUGGCCUUGAAUUUGAGGAUCAGGAUCCAGAUAUGACUAAUCUGAUAAAUGAGUUCAAAAGGACUUGGCUUGAAUUCGAGGAUCAGGAUGCUCCCGAGAUGGAUAAACAUUUUCAAAUUUUGGAUCUGAUUAGCUAAAUCCAGCUAUAACUGAAUUUAGCGGUGGUUCCUGAACUGGGGAUUUAUAUGUUUUUUUUCUCCCUCAUUCAAUCUCGUAUAUUCAAUUUGUCUUUUGUUUUUAUGAAAUCUCUUGGAAUAAUCUAUUCCUUGUUUGUUUGUUUAUUCUGUGUGUUUAUGCUGGCUUCAUGUGAGCAAACAAGUAUAUUGAUGUGUGCGCUAUUCUCAAGUUAUCAAUCCUUUGCUGCA